AUGACCCGAACGGACAGACGCAACGCCGGGUCUGCCCCAAUCCCGACUCCAGGCCGUAGUCCUCCGGCGAUCUCGGCUUCCUCUUCCUCAACACCUCCGCCGCCUGGUCCACGGGAGACAGUCCCGCCCCCGCCAGUGCCGCCUCUCUGUCCCCGCUCGCGGCGACCUCCAACGCUUCCUCCCACGCCUACGCCCGCCCCGGAUCCCACCUUCUUCGACGACGUCGUCGACGUCGUUGCCGACAAAUACGGCUGGGACCUCGACGCCGAGGUCCGGGUCUGGCCGAUCGACGCCGAGCGCUCGCUCGUUGGCGCCGUGCAGCGCUACGAACUUCGCGCCCGCGCGGGGGGAGCCGCGGUCGCGCUGGCGCGGGCCUCCGACGGGGCCGUCGACUGGAGCCGCCCCGACGCCCCCGUGGUGGAGGAGGUGGUCGGACUCGACGGGGUCGAAUUCGUCGCCGGCGACGACACCCUGGGGUUCGGCUCCGGCAUCAGGGACCUGGCCAUGGUAGGGCCGUUCGAGCUGGUGGUCUGCGAUGGCGCUGGACGGGGCCUCGCAGAGCUCCAGUUGCCGUCGGUGAGAACUCCCCCACCUGAAUCCUUAAUUGCAGAACCAAAACAGAGCCAGAGCAGUUUGUGUUUACAAGCGGGGGAGAGAAAAGGGAUUGGGGAGGCGGGGACCAAGCCAAAUCAAUCAUUCAGGAUGACGAGUUUCUGGAGCCAAAUCGACAUGCGCCCUAUCCUCCCGAAAUCUGCUCCUCCAGUGCACAGCAUCAUCCCUACAGCACUUCAGCGUGGCCUCCAGGGAAGGAGAAGCCCCUCUGAACACCACCGGUGUCCUGUCUCCAGUGUUCUUGAGCACCAUUGGGUCGAGGAAGGAGAAGCCAUCCUAUGGCCGAGGAGCAGCAGGUUGCAAUCACAAACAACACUGAACUACUGGCGUAUGGCAGUGAAAUACUUGUUGCUCGCGUGAGUGGAAGUUUAAAACGGAGGAAGAAGAGACAGCAGAGUGUAUGCACUACAUGUAUGCUACUACUUAAAGCCUUAUUGCUUGUCUUGCAAUGAAGGAGUACAGGUCCUUCCAUAUAGGACUUAUAAACUGAUUACGGUGUGAGUAUUUCUACUAGCAGCUUAUAGCUCAUCUUUGCAAUUUUAUUGUCUCUGAAGCAUGAAGGUAAAAGGGAACAAAUCACUUUCUUUUAAUGGACUAUGUUCUGAAUCCAAUUAGCAUAUCCAGGCCAUAGCUUGCUAUUUUCUCAUAUUUGUAGUUCAAUUGUGUUUAUAGGAAUGGCUCAAUAUUCUCAUGGCAAAAUGAGGAUGGGGCGCUCUGUCAUCUAACAUCUGUUCUACCAGCAGGGCUGAUGGCACUCUAUGGCAAUACCAAGCUACUUGAUAAGUCAUGGCAUGAGAUGCGCCUUGGAUAUAAGCCAAACAUCAGCCUUGAGGUGAUCCGUGGCGCUGUAGUGAUACACUUUAAUGGAAAUAUGAAGCCAUGGCUUGAUGUUGCUUUCAACAAGUAUAAUGCUCUGUGAACUAAGCAUGUAGAGACAGAAAUGGAAUUCGUGACACUAUGUAAUUUUAUAUCUGAAGUGAUUGAAGAAAUGCUCCACGAAUAAGGCAGAUACUCGUAUAUGUUCAACAUCAUGUACUUAAGCCAAUGUUAUUUUUAGGCUUGCUGACUUGCUUUAUUCAUGAUCGAUGAGCUUUAUUACUUAGCAUGUAACCUUCCCAGUUUAUUUACUAAUCCUCCAUCUUUUUUUAGUUAUGUGUACACCCUUCCAUUCAAGUAUGGAAACAGGCAAUUCCAGCCAUCAACAGUUGCCGCACCUGCCAACAUUAAAGAAAUUCU